AUGGAUUUAGAAAGUUUCCUUUUGGGAAUACCAGUCGUUACGAGGUACUGGUUUCUCGCGUCGACGAUCGUACCUCUUCUCGGUAGAUUCGGAUUCAUCCAGAUGCAAUGGAUGUACCUUGAAUGGGAUCUAGUCGUCAGCAAGUUCCAUAUAUGGAGACCUCUUACAUCUGCAAUAUACUACCCGAUCACUCCACAGACUGGAUUCCACUGGCUAAUGAUGUGCUAUUUUCUAUACAACUACUCAAAAGCACUAGAAAGAGAAACGUAUCGUGGCAGAUCAGCUGACUACCUUUUCAUGCUCAUAUUCAACUGGUUCUUCUGUGUGGGAAUCUGUAUGGCGAUGGGCAUUUACUUCUUACUCGAACCAAUGGUGAUGUCAGUUCUUUACGUUUGGUGCCAAGUCAACAAAGACACGAUCGUAUCCUUCUGGUUCGGAAUGAGGUUCCCAGCUCGUUAUCUACCAUGGGUACUCUGGGGCUUCAACGCUGUUCUUCGUGGUGGUGGAACAAACGAACUCGUUGGAAUCAUCGUAGGACACGCCUACUUCUUCGUGGCACUCAAGUAUCCAGAUGAAUAUGGUGUUGAUCUGAUAUCUACUCCGGAAUUUUUGCAUCGUUUGAUUCCGGAUGAAGACGGAGGUAUUCAUGGACAAGACGGUGAUAUCAGAGGGCCAAGACAACAACCACGUGGUGGACAUCACUGGCCAGGAGGUGCCGGUGCCCGACUUGGAGGAAAUUAA